AUGUUUAAACGGUUUAGUAGUAAGAUCUUCCCCAGUGCUAAAAAUGCAUCUGCAAGGCUCACGGCUUUUAGAACCUAUCAACAGGCCACUUACAGAAGGUUUAACAAUGCAAGACCUGGAUUUCAACUCAACAUAUAUGAUCCUACAACCAGGAAGAUACUUGGAUUUGUAGCAGGUGGCGGGGGACUGUUCUACUUAGCUAAUUUGAAAGAGGCUCCUGUGAGCGGUAGAAGAAGAUUCCUAUGGAUACCGCCUUCAUUGGAGUUAAUGAUUGGUAAAUCGAGUUAUAAAUCCAUCCUUAGAGAAACAGGACCUUUCCUGUUACCUGAUACCCAUCCAACAACACAGAGAGUGAGCAAAAUUUUCUCGAGGAUAGUGGAUGCAGCAUUAAAAGAUCCAAGCGUGGAUAAAUCUUCAUUACAAGGUAUUGAAUGGAAAGUUCAUGUUGUUAAUAACCCAAGGGCGCCACCUAACGCAUUUGUCUUACCAGGGGGUAAAGUGUUUGUAUUUAGUUCCAUCCUGGGUAUUUGUCAAAAUGAUGAUGGACUGGCAACUGUGCUAUCCCAUGAAUUCUCUCAUCAAUUGGCAAGACAUACCGCUGAAAACUUGUCGAAGACCCCCAUCUAUCUGAUUUUGAGUACCUUGCUUUACACAGUAACAGGUGCAGAAUCCAUUAACAGGUUGUUGCUGGACAGCAUUCUAAGAAUGCCCGCCUCGAGGCAAAUGGAAACAGAAGCGGAUUACAUCGGACUGAUGAUCAUGUCAAGGGCUUGUUUUGAUCCUCAAGAAUCCAUCAAACUUUGGGGCAGAAUGUCUGAUUUUGAGAAGAAAAACAUUGGUGCUGGAGCAAGAUUCGAAUUUCUCAGUACCCAUCCUGCUAGUGAACGUAGAAUUGAUAACAUGCGUGAAUGGAUAUCUCAAGCUUCUCAAUUGUAUGAUCAAUCUGAUUGUGGCCAAUUUGGUGGAUUCUACAGGGGCUUUCAAAAUAGUAUCUUUGGUCCACCUGAACCUCCUACCAUUUUACGUGGGUUUUAA